UAAACCGUCAAAAUCGUCAUAAUGAGCGGAUUAAUGUCAUGAAUUUGGUUCACGCUUUUAAGUUCGACGUAUAAGCGUCGGCGAGCAUUGCGUGUGAGGGCGCGUGUCUCUUUCUACUCAGUAAUCGGAGCAUAGUCGCUCUGAUUAUUUGUUGAAUUGCACGGUACAAAUAGAGCGUACUUCGCAGGUUUGCUUUGCUUUAUCGUGUAUGCGACAGCAAAGCAAACAUGGCCGAGUACUGUGAUACGAAUUCGCAUCAAGUAACAAAGAAUAAUCAUUUACCACAGCGUUGCAAUAAUCAGUGGGUAAGGCUGAACGUUGGUGGUACAUAUUUUCUCACGGCCAAAACGACCCUCACGAGAGAUCCAAAUUCCUUUCUUUGUCGUCUAUGUCAAGAGGACUCCGACCUCAUAUCCGACAGGGAUGAAACUGGAGCGUACCUUAUUGACAGAGAUCCGACGUACUUCAGUCCCAUUCUUAACUAUCUUCGUCACGGAAAACUUGUUAUUAAUAAGGAUUUGGCUGAAGAGGGUGUUCUCGAAGAGGCAGAAUUUUAUAAUAUCACAGAACUCAUUAGGUUAAUUAAGGAAAGAAUUAUUCUUAGAGAUACAAGACCUACUCGUGAUUCUAAAAAGCAUGUUUACAGAGUGAUUCAGUGCCACGAAGAUGAACUUACACAAAUGGUUUCUACAAUGUCGGAUGGAUGGAAAUUUGAACAGUUAAUCAAUAUUGGCUCGCAAUAUAACUAUGGAAAUGAUGAUCAUGCUGAAUUUUUGUGUGUAGUCAGUCGAGAAUAUGGACCUACACAAUUAACCAGUAAAGAGCAGGAAUCCACAGAUCGUGUCAAGGUACUGCAGCAAAAAGGCUCACGAAUGUAAUAUUCGAAUUCUAUCCGAGUCCCUAUCGUCGGCUGUCUAUCGAAAUUAUGGCCAUUUCUGAAAUACAUUGUGAGAAACUCAAGAAUCAACAUGUCUUGGAUAAGGAUACCAUCAGCCUGGAUUGCGGACCACAAUGAGUAGUCAGUUGAGUUGUGUCGUCCUGCGAGGAAAGUAUGCACGUACUUCUUCGACUACUAGACUUUCCAGUAUCCUGACAGCCCCUCGUUCUUUUAUCUUUGCAAUGACGCAAGGUAGAAGACUAAAUUCGUGAAAUAAUCAAAGCAAGCGAGUUGUGAAAAAAUAGUGAUUAUAUUUUUUUUAUUAUUUACUUUCGAGUGCUCCAACACAAUGCACCGUACAAUAAGUUCACAAAAUAAUGACAUUUAACACGCGCGCAUAUUUCGAUUUAUUACUUUUUGACUUCGUUGAGAGA